AAACUGGCUCUCGCAGCUCAACCCACGGCCAACCCCAACUGGGGACGUUGGCCACAGCAACUCUCUGGAGAGUACACCAUGAUGGAGUCCCCAUCCAUGCUCCCCUUUGACUCUCGAACCGCAACCACUGCCCCUCUCCAGCGACCCAUCAUGGCUCCCUACAUGGUACCCAACUCGUACAGCUCGGCCCAGAUGAACAGCCUCACUGCGACUCACUACCAGGCGCCCAACCCUUACCAGUUCAGCGGCUACCAGGGCCCUCCUACUCCUCCCCAUAACUCCUCCCCCUUCAAGGUGGAAUACCACGACCGUCGCCCCAUGGGACCCGACAGCGACAACGGACGAGUUCCCUCCUACCACCGGGGUGCCAAGUACUCUUACGCUGAGCAAGCGCCCUCUCCUGCACGAAGCGACUCCCAGGCCUCCACUGCUCGGUCUUCGGUCAACAACCCAACACUCUGCUCCAAGACCAUCACCUCCAACGAGACUAUCAACCCUGAUGACCAGGUCAACUUCGAGACCGAGGUGGAUGAGUUGAUGAAGGCUAUCCAACGCAAGGGAGAGAAGGAGCUGGAUGUCGCACAACAGCCACUCACCCCAGGCAUGUCGCCUGUCUCGGAGGCCAGCCUUGAGAACAACGGCACCCCAGCCCCUGCGGAUUCCAAGACAUCCAAGAAGCGAUACGUUUGCAAUGGCCCCAACUGCAGGAAGAGCUUCACCCAGAAGACCCAUCUCGACAUCCACCGCCGCACACACACUGGUGACAAGCCCUAUACUUGCGAAUUCCCUGGAUGCAAGCUCACCUUCUCGCAACUGGGAAACCUCAAGACCCAUAUGCGCCGCCACACUGGCGAGCGACCCUACUCCUGUGGCAAGUGCGGUCGCAAGUUUGCCCAGCGUGGCAAUGUUCGAGCGCACGAGCAGACUCACCAAGGUCUCAAGCCCUUCAUCUGCCGCCUGGAUGACUGCAACAAGACGUUCUCUCAACUUGGCAACAUGAAGACUCACCAGAACAACUUCCACAAGAAGACGUUGAAGAACCUCACCAUGAGGUUCGCUCAGAUCCUCAACUCUGGAGAGGAGGUCCCCGAGGCCGAGCGUGAGCUCUUUGAGUACUUUGCCACCCACUACAAGAACAGCAACAAGGGUAUCAAGGGCCGUGGAAAGGCUCGCACUGUCGCUGAGCGCAAGACGAAGCCUUCCCAGUCCCCUCCUACCAACCCCAACACUGUCACACCUCAGUACCCUCUUCCUCAGAUCCCCCCUACCCAGCAGAUCCCCUCUCCUCACCAGCCUCAUGGCCUGUCUCACCCUGGCAGCCUUGCAGCCUACAGCAUGAGCCGUGGACACCCCAACGUCAUCAACAACAUGCCUCGUGAGUCUCACGCUGGCGGUUAUGAGAUGUACGACAUGCAGGGGGGACACCACCAUGUCCAACCCUCCAACAACAACGGCAUGAUGUACGAGGAAGAGCAUGCUCGCGAGAUGGGCUUCAACGAGCGCAUGUACUGA